UUGCAGUGCGCCGCUCCCUCUCUCUCGUCUUAAAGCUCAAACACAGAAAAACAAGGAAGCUUGUUGUUCAUCCUCAAUGGAUGUCAUAUGCCCUCUUGAUUUAGAAUUCUCAGAUAAAAUAUCACUUCUUCUUAAACCUCCAUCCCCUAACGAUGUUCAGAAUUAUUUUGACAAGAUUAUAGAAGAAAGACAAUGCCUUGGUCUCAAAAUCAAACAAGACGGAGAAUUUGGAAAAUGUGUUUUUGCCGAAUCAGAAUUCAAAGAGGGGGACCUUGUUUUGAAGGACCAAAUGCUUGUUGGAGCUCAACAUAGUUCAAAUAAGGUUGAUUGUUUAGUAUGUAGUUACUGUUUCCGCUUUAUCGGUUCAAUAGAACUUCAAAUUGGUAGGAAACUCUAUUUGCAACAGUUAGGACUAUCUGUAAGAAAAGAAUGUGAUACUGAAACACACUCACACAUUUCAAAAAAGUGUCGUUUAGAUGAUUCAUCGGAUGAGGAAGAUGAUUCCUAUAGAACGAGCCACAAUGAGGGUUCAUGCUCGUAUAGUCAACAAAAGGAGGCUAUACCUCUCUCUCAGGAAGUUCUAGAAUCAUUGCUUAAGGGUGAUGUAAAAUUGCCUUACUCGAGUCAAUUCAACUUGCCUUCAUCCGUUCCAUGUCCUGGUGGGUGUGAUGAAGCACAAUACUGCAGCAAAUCCUGUGCUGACGCUGAUUGGGAAUUGUUUCAUUCUUUACUAUGUACUGGGAAGAACUCAGUAUCCGCCAGCCGGGAGUCAAUCGUAAACUUCAUAGAACAUGCUAAUGAGACAAACGAUAUUUUCAUACUUGCUGCCAAGACAAUUUCAUCGACCAUUUCAAGGUAUAAGAAAUUGAAAGCAGCUCAAACUGAACGCCGAGAGCGAUUUACUGGAAAAAAUGGAAUUGACAGUUCUGAAUUCUCUUUGCUUUUGGAGGCUUGGAAACCCGUAUCGAUGGGAUACAGGCGAAGGUGGUGGGAGUGUGUUGCUUUGCCAGAUGAUGUUGAUAGUUGCAAUGAAACUUCCUUUAGAAUGGAAAUUAAGGAGCUAGCAUUCAAGUCGCUGGAUCUCCUAAAGAAGGCAAUCUUCGACAAAGAGUGUGCACCAUUAUUCUCGCUUGAAAUCUAUGGUCAGAUCAUCGGCAUGUUUGAGCUAAAUAAUCUCGAUUUGGUUGUAGCAUCACCGGUGGAAGAUUAUUUCUUAUAUGUUGAUGAUCUUCCAGAUAAGGAAAAGGAAGAAGCUGAAAGAACUACCCGGCCACUUCUAGAUGCUCUUGGUGAUGACUAUUCAGCUUGUUGUGAAGGUUCAGCAUUUUUUCCCUUACAGAGUUGUAUGAAUCAUUCCUGCUGUCCUAAUGCUAAAGCAUUCAAAAGAGAAGAGGAUAAAGAUGGCCAAGCAACAAUAAUCGCGCUUCAACCCAUAUCCAAGGGAGAAGAAGUUACAAUUUCAUACAUCGAUGAAGACCUUCCUUUUGAAGAGAGACAAGCACUGCUGGCAGACUAUGGAUUCAGAUGCAAGUGCAAAAAGUGCCGUGAAGACGAUCCCUAGAGUUUCGUCACGGGAAGACCAAUUGUAAAGAGUAAACGGAAACUGUUGGAAACAUUUCUGGCCAUCUUAGGAGGAAUGAAACAUUUCUUUAUGCAUGUUUGUAACUUUUAUAUUAGGUUUUUUUUUGGCCAACGGUUUGCAUUUCCCUGCCAAGAGAGUCAAAAUGCGUUGGAGCAUACUUCCAAUACACAGGAAUUUUGUCACUGAGUUUCGUAGAUCACUCGUCAUUAGCAAGAUAAAUGGGAACCUUUCCUAAUGUUCAUUUGUUAGCACAUUGUUGUCAUUGUUAUUGAAUGACAAAGAGCUGACGUUUGGA